UUCCUCCCCUGUUCUCGUGUGCUAGCAUACAGAGGCAUUACAUACACACGUGUCGCUGUUUGAUACACCAACACUUACGUAGAGUAGCUCGCUUACUUUGCUCAUUGCCGCCGCCAUGGCUCUAGUGGGUCAGCCAGCCACGUUUUGCUACGACGGCUUCGUCGGUGACGGUGUGCCGGCGUUCAUGGACGCCGGCGGCGUCCUCGGGUUCGGCUACGGGUACGAUCACCACUCCCAUCUCCUCGAGGAGGAAUGCUUGCUCGGUGGCCACGCCCACGCAUGGGAGCUGCCGACCGGCAAUCUUGGCGCCGAGGCGCCGGGCAGUGUCAACGCGUUCGGGAGCCACGACCUCGGCUGGACCAGCCCAGCCGGCCGCAUGUCCUCCUCCUCUUCGGUGCUCACCUUCGACAGCCCGGGCGAGGACAAGUGCGCCGCUGCCGCGUGGAUGGACGCCGCGGACCAGCUGAGCUACAGCCCGUCAACGGCAACCGCGCCGGCGGGAAGCUUCAGCUUCGAGGGCUGCGGCGGCAACGGUCCCCCGGCGGCCUCCCCUUCGCACAAGCGGCCUCGUGCGCGCGCGCAGGCACAGCAGGGAACGGAGCAAGAAAGCACUACUCUUCCCAAGAAGCAGUGCGGCGGCGACAGGAAAUCAGCAGUCAAGCCUAUCAAAACGUCCGCGGCCACCACUUCAGCCAAAGACCCUCAAAGCGAUGCUGCCAAGACUCGUCGUGAGCGGAUCGGGGAGCGUCUGAGAGUUCUGCAGGAGCUGGUGCCCAACGGCAACAAGGUGGACAUGGUCACCAUGCUCGACAAGGCCAUCACUUACGUCAAGUUCAUGCAGCUCCAGCUUACGGUGCUCGAGACGGACGCAUUCUGGCCUGCGCAGGGCGGCGAGGCGCCGGAGAUCUCCCAGGUGAAGGCGGCACUCGACGCCAUCAUCCUCUCGUCGUCGCAGCAGCCUCGUCAGUGGAGCUAACAGCGAACCGAUACAUCAGCACUACACAUAUACAUCCUCCCAGAAUUCACAGAGUUACUCUCUGCUCUAUCCUCUUUCUAUGUUGCUGUCCCAUUCCCUAAUCUUCUCAUCUUUGCUAUGUACUCACCGUAGUAGCCACAGUAAACUCUACUAAUUGGUUAAUGAUGGCGUGCACUCGAUCAACGAUGUAAUAUAAACAUUGUGCUCAGCACUUCAUCGUCACUAGUUUCUUUUAAAAAAAGGAGAAAAUCCCGCCUCUGCAUCAUAAGAUGGACACAGCCAUUUUAUUAAACGUGAACCAAAUCCAAGUCUCUAAAUACCAAAAGAAACAAAACAAAACAAAACAAGGCCACAACAAUUAGAAACUUCCACAUAAUCUACUACUGUCAUGCUAGCCAAACUGGUUGAACAAGUCCCAUGCAAUCAUUUUCAGAUGGCUGCAUCCAAAGGUCAUAAGUGUCCACACGUUGCGAUGACCACAUACGAAAUAAUUUUGUAGCUCUAAAGAUAAUCCGCAAAAAAUUAAAAUAGAUGAUUUGUUAAAAACACACUCAUUUUGACAAUCUCAAACUGCCCAAAGAAUGGCACAAACUCCCAUGCAGAAUUGACCCUUAGAUUAUGGUGAAUAACAUCAAACAUGUGGUCCGAAGGUUAGGAGGAGAGUGAUAUCCCCAUCCCACGAGGGUUCAAGUCCUAGUCUUGACACCGGUGCUCGCAUUUUUCUGGAUUUAUUUCGGGCCUUUUGGCGAUGUGCGUUCGAUGUAAGGGUAUGUUCCCGUUGACUAUGAAUGCAUCUAUGACGACUUUGUCAAUCUCAAAAGGAUGUUGCGGCUCAAGUCUUUCGGGGUACUGGGGGGUGCGCGUUCAUAGGGGUGAGUGUGUGUGCAUAUGUAUGAGCGUAUGCGUGUGUACUAUGUUAAGAAAAAAACA